AAAAUCCUCAGACCGGAAUUGGCUUCGUUAUCGUUUCGGAGCCUCUAACGGUGCCCCACUGAAGAUAAUGGUAGCCGAGGAAACUUUAAACACUGCGUCCUGGAAUAAAAGCCUAUGUUUGUAGAGUUUCUGACUGGUUACAUCAGCUUCGGACGGGGGGAUGCCGGUGGAGAGUGGGAGCAGCUCUGCUGCCCGCCAGGUGAAGCAGAAGAGGAAGUCUCACAGUCUGUCCAUCCGCAGGACCAACAGCACCGAACAGGACCGUUUGGGCCUGCAGAGAGACAUACUGGAGGGGCAGUCCUCUGAAAAUCUGGAAUCCGUCCCACGCAUGGAGGACUCCAAACUGCCUCCGUCGCUGCGCAGCAAUCUGCUGGACCUGUUCAGUCAGAUCGAGAGAGAAUUUGAAAACCUCUACUUAGAAAACAUUGAAUUACGAAGGGACAUCGAGACUCUGAAUGAGCGUUUAGCUGCAGAGGGACACACCUUUGAUGGGGCAGAUUUAGCCAAAGGAGCUCUUAAAACCAAAGCAAGUCAUAGUACCAGUCAGCUGUCACAAAAACUGAAAACCACCUACAAGGCUUCCACAAGCAAGCCGCGUUCAAAUUCUUGCCACGGCAGAGUAGGUGGAUCCCGCAACUUCAACGUAACCACUUGGGAGUUGUGGGGUGGAGACUCAUGGAUUGUGUCCAGUUUCAAAGCAACUGCAGCUAGGGCGGUCUGCCAGUUGGUUAAGGAGUAUGUCGGUCACAGGGACGGCAUCUGGGACCUUAGCGUCACCAGGAACCAACCUGUGGUGCUCGGGACUGCAUCUGCGGACCACACUGCCAUGCUGUGGAGCAUCGAGACGGGAAAGUGCCUCCUGAGAUAUACAGGUCAUCAAGGAUCAGUCAACUCCAUCAAGUUCCACCCAACUGAGCAGAUGGCUCUAACAGCCUCUGGAGAUCAGACGGCCCACAUCUGGAGGUACAUGGUGCAGCUGCCAACUCCCCAGCCUGUGGCGGAUGUCAGUCAGACGCCUUGUGAAGACGACGUGGACUUCUCCGAUAAAGACGAGCCCGACUGCGAGGUAGAGGGGCCGAUCGACUGCCCGUCCAUCCGUGUGGCGGCCACCACGCUGCGUAGCCAUCAAGGGGUGGUGAUUGCUGCUGACUGGCUGGUUGGAGGCAGGCAGGUUGUGACCGCGUCCUGGGACCGAUCUGCUAACUUGUAUGACGUGGAAACCUCAGAGCUGGUUCACUCGCUGACAGGCCAUGACCAGGAGCUGACUCACUGCUGCACUCACCCCACCCAGCGCCUGGUGGUCACCUCAUCCAGAGACACCACCUUCAGACUGUGGGACUUCAGAGACCCGUCCAUCCACUCGGUCAACGUGUUCCAGGGACACACAGACACAGUGACAUCUGCCGUCUUUACUGUGGGAGAUAAUGUGGUGUCUGGCAGUGACGAUCGAACCGUCAAAGUGUGGGACCUGAAAAACAUGAGGUCUCCCAUAGCAACCAUCCGCACCGACUCCGCUGUCAACAGGAUCAGCGUCUCUGUAAACCAGAAAAUCAUCGCUCUUCCUCACGACAAUCGGCAGGUCCGGCUGUUCGACAUGUCUGGGGUCCGACUGGCUCGACUCCCCAGAAGCAACAGACAGGGUCACCGCCGUAUGGUUUGCUGCUCCAUCUGGUGUGAAGACAACACCACCUGCAACCUGUUCACCUGCGGCUUUGACCGGCAGGCCAUCGGCUGGAACAUCAACAUCCCCGCCCUGCUGCAGGAGAAAUGAGCUCAUCCUGAUCCUUUCAGCUCGCACUGAAGCUCCACCCAUAGUCUGUGUUUGCGUCAGACUCCUUCCCGUUAGCUUGAAAGACGGACGGUUUGCAUUUAGAAGAACAUUUGCUUUCAUUUGAGCCCACAGAGGAGAUGUUUUUCAUCCUCAAUGCUCCCUUAGAAACGGCCCACCCCAAACUCUGGAGCCAGUCCGGACCAGGACUUCUGCCCGUCACAUCUGCCCCUCUCAGCUGCCAUGGAAACGUAUUUCUAGUUGUUCUGUAUCUACAACAAACCAAAUAAACAAUUGCGCCAAUCAUAGAAGAAAAGCACAAAAACAAAGUCCAAAACAUGAAAAAUAAUGUAAGAGUUUUCAGCUAAAGCUUUGAAACUGUGACAGCAUUCUGCUGCUUUAAAAGAAAGUGACUCCAUGAUCUUCUGGAAGAGCUCCUGCUUGACUUGAAAUCUCUUCUUUGUCCUGAUGUUGUCUGCAGAAGUUCUGGUGUCCUUAUAACCACGAAUGUUACUUUUUUUAUUUUCUAAAAGACGUUGCCUGUAAGGCUAGGGGAAUAAAAAUGUUGGUUUCUUUAACAGUUAAAAAAAAAUCAGUGAGUUUCCUUUAGUUUGAUGUCUGUGAACGAUUAUUUCCCCAUAAACGUAAAAAAAGAGAAUGUAUUCAAACCUGCCUUGUUUCCUGAUUAAAGUAAACAUGUAUUUCAGGCACUUUUUGAGUAAACUGGCAGAAAACCUGAAAGGCUUCAUUUAAUUUGAAGCCUUAAGAACUUCUGCAACUUUAGCAUUUCAAAGUAAAAGAGCACUGAAAAGCUGCUGAAUUAUAAUUAAAUAAGUGUUUAGUUUACUGACUAGUCCUAUUAGCUGCUAAAAAUGGUAAAUGAUGUGCAAAAUGCCAGAAUAAACCCCAAAAAACUGCAGAAAAUAUAAAUAUUUCAAAAAUACAUUUUACUAAAAACUUGUUGAAUAAAGUGGAGGACAUCAGAAUAAUGCAUGCAUGCUACAUUAUUUGUUAAAAACCAUGUUAACCUAAAAGAACUGAUAAAUUAAAACUUAAAAUAGCAACAAACAUGCAAAUGCAAAUGCUUUUUCUAAAUGCUGAGACACUGAAGUGAACAAUAAACCUGUAAGAAACCAAAUGUCACAAAAUGCUAAAAAAGAAAUAGCUCAAUAAAAUGCUAAAUUCACUUAAACUGUAAAAAGUAAGCCAAGGUUUUAGGAUAUAUAUAGAACAAAAAAAGCUCAAUUUCAAAUGUUCACUUUAAUGUAGAAUGUAAAAUAGUUUCCAGCACUUAAGAAAAAGGUUUUGAAUGACUCCAAGCUUUCUCCAUGCAUCCAGAAACGUAUAGGAAAUGUACAACGUUGGUGUUGAGAUUUCAUGAAACUAAAAUACAAAUAAUUCAGCAGACAGUGAUGUCUUUAGAAAUGCAGAUGACUUUCAUUUCUGCGUAUUAUUAACCAAAAAAGGAUUUAGGUCAACAAAAGCUGCAUUUAUAAAUGCAGCUUUCCUGAUGAGAAGAGAUUCCCUCAGACGCUUCUGCUGUUACGCCAACACUCCAAUGAACAGAACUUUACCGUUUGUAUUUUGUCGCGGCUCCUUUUUGUGCUUGAAGUGUUUCCAGAGUUUUUAUUAUCAUCAUUUUUUUGGUACUAAAGUCAGUUUUUGAGCAGCCAAAUGAUGCGUUGACUGUCACCCGUUCAUUGAAGCUCUCAGCCAAAGCUGCGUUUACGAAAGAAGUACGUUUGAUUGUGUUUGUGGGAAAGAGUUCAGUUGUAAUCAGAUCAAAGUGUGCAUUUUGAUGAAUGUCAUCACUGCAUCGGUGAGGCCAGGUGGAAGUGCAGUCACACCUCAUUCAUGCCAACUGAAGUUCAGAUUUUUCAGCGUUUUCCUUCAGAGCUGAAUGUUUUCACUUGUCUUCAGAGGAAAUAUCUACUCACUUUUGUAGACACACACAGCUUUUGUGUUUGUGCUUUGCUCCCACUUCACCGCUGCCUUUUGCAGCUUAAAGAAAUAAAUGUCUUUAACAAAACAAAACCAUUCAAAUGUUUUUUUUUUAAUCUAAAGUGAUUGAACUACACAAACAGCAGAAAUGGUUAAAAAUGUAAUCCUGCUUUUAUUUUGAAAGUGUAACAUUUGUAUGAGAUAAACAAAUAGAAGAACACUGAGUACAAUUUCAGCAGCAGCUGUUUCAUAUAAAACUGUUUUGUUGCUUCAUAACUGAUGUUGGUUCAUGUUUUUUUUUUUUAAUUUGAUGUCAAACUGAGCUGAUCCUUCAUCCCUGUGAUGGAUGGAAGUGCAGAGCUCUUCUUUUUCUGUCUGAACUGCUCAUUUAUCUGCAUCUUCUGUCACAACUGAAUCUUCUGGACGAAAGAACGUCUCUCCCCACGUUUCACAGCAUCAGUUUUCAGAAAUGCAGCUUGUUGAAGUGUGUGAAAGUGUUGCUGCUCUGUGGUAACAGUCUUUUAUGUGAUGGAUGUAGAACAAACAGCACAACUUGUUUCUCCAGAAAAAAACAUCCACUGCAGUUUGAAUUGCAGCUGUGUGAUGAGGAACAAGCCUGUGUUUGAGGAAUAAAAAUAAAGACUUUGUGUGGGUAUUUGA